CAUUUGAACGCAGCACUGUUGUCCGUUAAAUACCGCCGAAAAUAUUUUUAAUUGCAACGGAAACAGUGCCACGGUAAAGUUCAUGGCGAACGUUCCUGCUCAGAGCUACAUUGCUAUCUCCGAGCUUCAUCCCAACUUCUCUCAUCCUAAAGUGGCUGGGAUUGUCAUCUGGAAAUCUGACGUGAAAAGUUUCCCAGACAGAAAGAAUUUUGGUUCAGACAGAUUCACCUUUGGCUUCAUCAUCAAAGACUCUCCUGACUUCUCUGUUAAUGUGACAGCCUGGGGCAAUGAUGGCUACAUCAACACACUCUCCAACAGCUUCACCAUCGGAGACUGUGUUAAUAUUGAAAGUCCUUUGAUUGUCACUAAAGACCAAGAGAAAGAUGAAAAAUUCUGUCCCACAACACCAAGCCACUACAAGCUUCUGUUGACCGAGGCUCACUCCCAAGUGUGUCUGUGUGCUGACACGCGCACCGUCGACAGGCUGCUGCCGCUGAUCCACAUACCAGCGAAGGACUCCAGAGACUUCUACUCACUAGGAGACAUUAUGGCCAAUGGGCAGCAACUGGACGGCACCAUGAUAAAUAUACUGGCUGCAGUAAAAUCGACCGGCCAACUGAAACAGUUCACCACUUCAGACGGACGCAGAGGCCAGAGGCUGGAAGUGAAGCUCUUUGAUGACUCGGUCUCUUCCUUCCCUCUUGUGUGCUGGGACAGAGAAGCCAUUCAGUUUGCACAAACAUGGAUACCCAAGGAGACGGUUCUCUUCAUAGCCGACGUCAGGAUCAGCUUUGACAACUUCCGCAGAGGCAUGACAGCAACAGUUAACUGGAAAACCAUCAUCACUGUCAAUCCUGACACCAGGGAGGCCAGUGCGCUCUUCACCUACGCUAAAGAAGUGUUGGAGUCAGGUGCACUGGAUGACGAUGAGAAACCAGAAGAUGUACCAGUUGAUUCCAUCAUCGACAUUUAUACGGUGAGUCAGCUGAAGCUCAAAGCUCAGGAGAAUCCAGAACCUUUCUUUGGUAUUACUUACAGCUUUAUCUCCAAGCUGGCCCUGGACUCCUCUGUGUCAAAGGUCAUACGGACACGGUGCUGCAGAUGUGGGUUCCAGGUGACUGAAGAUGCUCAGAGCUGUAACAAUGAGCUGUGUCCAGACAGGGACCAGGGUUUGUCUGCAGCCACUGGUUUUGACCUGCUGGUUGAUUUGAGUGACCACAGCGGGACCCUGCAGGCCUGCAUUUUCAGAGGUCCAGUGGCAGAGAAGACCCUCGGCUGCACGACGGAUGAAUUCAGCAGUCUGACUGAUGACCAGCGUACGGCCAUGAAGUGGAAAUUUCUUUUGGAGAGAUGCAAAAUAUAUGUGAAGAUACUGCCUUCACCUAAGUUUAAAUCUGGAAUCCGAGGAGUGAUCAUUGACUGUUCUCUGGCUGAUCCAGGGGAGUUGAAACAACACAUGUCUGCACUGCUAGGUCUUUGAGAACUCUCCACACACACACUCACACACACACACACACACAUCUGCUGUUAAGGUAGUGGCUUCCAUAUAAGUUGUUUUAGAGUUGUUUAACUUAUACUACAGGUCAUUGUUUUGGUGAAUGUAUUGAUGUUUGUUUGCUCUUUGUCUUUAAGAUGAACUAUUUAUUUAUGUAUUUAUUUGUUCAUUGUAGGUAUACUUGAGGUUUUUACCUUUACAAUAUGUAAGUUGUUCAAUAAUUGAACUCAAGAACAAGAAUAAAUCUAAAAAGAUCAAGAUAAUGUUAUUUAUUCAAUAUUCUUAAUAUUUUCUUGUACUUUUCUUGCUAGGAAUAAUCAUAAAUAUUACAGAAAUGCCAAAGUGUUUGGCAAAAGGCACAACAUUAAUAAGUUGGAGCAGUUUAUUAAAAUAUAUUUUCAAACUGUAUGCUUUAUAAUUAUUUAAAGAAAUCAUUCCGUUUAAAAGAUAGCACAGUACUAGUGUUGCUCUAUUGUAUUGCAAUAACAUUA